GGGAGGGAGGGGAGGGGAGGGAGAUGGAGGAAGAAGACGUGCGAAGAGAAGCGGCGAUAGCGUCAAGUCCCUCUCUACGACCAAAUUUCAAGUCCCCUGGGGUCACCAAGGACCAGCUCUCCAAGUUCCAAGAGCUGCAUAAGAAGCGCAUGCAAAUAAAGAAAAAGUCAGAGCAAAAGAGAUGGAAAGAUGAGAUCCGGAAAUUCCAGAAAAAGCCAAAUAGCAAAAAUAGGAUUGACGAAGAUACAUCCAUUGAAGAUUCCAGUCUGUCCAACUCUAGUCUCAAUAGCAAAGAAGAUUCUUCAGUAGAGCAGCAAGAUAUGCAACAGCAGAUUACAUUGAUGAAACCGCAGAAGUUACAUUGGGGGCUUGACGUGAAGGAGAGAUGGGAAAGGAAAUCCAACAUGUAGAGUUAUUCUUCAGGCAGAAUGCAGAUGGAAGCGAGCAUCUGCCAAAGCAUUAAAGUCGGUCGCAUGGUCGAUCGAGCGCAAGGCCAUUCAAAAUCAGUCGAGUCACCCUUCUUUACAUGUCGUGAGGACAUCGGGAUCACCAACUGACUGCCGUGAGAUCUCUCUCGCGAGUGUCCAAGUACUUGUUUGCGCUGAGCUUGAGAAAGUUUAGUCCGAGUAUUUCUCGAGCAAUUCUCCGAUCCGGCACUUGAAAAGGAUAGCUAUUUACAAACUGUACAUUGCUGGCAUUUAAUUGUUGUCACCGUUCUAAGUUUGCUAAUGUCUAUUUCUUACCAAAAUUUGACUUGUAAUGUGACUCAUAUUCUCAUAGGAAAAUGGAUGAAAUGGAAGAAGGCACGGAAUUUCUGUUUUC